UACAAGGGACGGUCAGCGGAGUUCGGCAAACACCGAGCCUAAGCAUUCUUCUCGUGCUUGUGAGAGAAGUAGGAGGCAAAGAUGUCGGAGCGAAAAGUUUUAAACAAAUACUACCCGCCUGACUUUGACCCAUCAAAGAUCCCCAAACUCAAGCUUCCCAAAGAUCGGCAGUACGUGGUGCGGUUGAUGGCUCCCUUCAACAUGAGGUGCAAGACGUGCGGAGAAUACAUCUACAAGGGCAAGAAGUUCAAUGCGCGCAAGGAGACGGUGCAGAACGAGGCCUACCUGGGCCUGCCCAUCUUCCGCUUCUACAUCAAGUGCACACGGUGCCUGGCAGAGAUCACCUUCAAGACAGACCCCGAGAACACAGACUACACCAUGGAGCACGGAGCCACACGGAACUUCCAGGCGGAGAAGCUCCUGGAGGAGGAGGAGAAGCGGAUGCAGAAGGAGCGGGAGGACGAGGAGCUGAACAACCCCAUGAAGGUGCUGGAGAACCGGACCAAGGACUCGAAGCUGGAGAUGGAGGUUCUGGAGAACCUGCAGGAGCUCAAGGACCUGAACCAGCGGCAGGCCCACGUGGACUUCGAGGCCAUGCUGCGGCAGCACCGGCUGUCGGAGGAGCAGCGGCAGAAGCAGGAGCGGGAGGAGGAGGAGCGGGAGACGGCGGCCCUGGUGGAGGAGGCGCGCAAACGCCGGCUGCUGGAGGACUCCGAUUCAGAGGAGGACGUGCCUGCUCCCGCUGCACCGCGGCUGGCCCUCCGGCCCAAGCCCACCGCCAUCCUGGAUGAGGCCCCAAAAGCCAAGAGGAAGGCGGAGAGCUGGGAACGGAGUGUUGGCACCCUCGGCAGCAGGCCCCAGCUGUCAGGCCUAGUCGUGGUGAAGAGAACAGACCUGGGUUGCAGCACCCAGCAGAGCCUGGCACCGCCGCCACCCACCACCCAGGGCCCCAUGCAGAGCGGGAAGCCGGCUGAGCCUGCGCCCCGGACGCCCGGUGCCUCCUCCCUGAGCCAGCUGGGGGCCUAUUCAGACAGCGAGGACAGCAGCGGCAGCAACUGAGACCCCAGGCCCUUCCCCGGGUCAGGGUCCCGUGUCCGGCGUCAGCUGGUGGUGGGGGCAGGAUGCCUCGGCACCAACCGGAGCCGCGCAUGACCGGACAAACCCCGGCGUCCUCUGAGGCGGCAGGGCCAGCGAGGGGUUCGGCCGAGGGACUCGGUUCCUCCUGUCCCCCCACCUGCCGGCCCUCGGGGACCUCGGGGUCCCCAGCUCACGCUGCCGCCCUCCUGGCCCUCUGUUUGGGGCUGCGGCAUCCCCGGAACGGCGCUCGGCUCCCGGCAGGCCUCGGGGUCCUCCCUUUGACAGCCGCGAGGGCUCGGCUGUGUUUGGGGGGGCACGCGGGAGAACGCACCCACCCCUUACUAGCGCUGCCCCUUCUGGCCACAAAACCCGCAAGCCAAUGAAAGGAACCGCUGUCUGGGCUGGGCCCCUGUUCCGCCGGCUUCUGGGGGCGGCGGGGGGGCCGCAGAACCACACAGUGUGGCCAAUCUGGCCUCUGGUUCUCACAAGCUGUGAGAUGGGAAAGGCUCGUUGAUUAGUGGGUGUUUGGGGAGAAUUUGUUAUGUGGCAGUAGAUCACCAGUACGUCACUGGUCACGUGACCAGGAAAUCGAUUCCGAAGCUCACGUUCUUUCAAGGUUGCCGGAUUUCAACUCCGGUAUAAUUCCCUCCCACUUCGGAGUUUUCUAGUUGAAGGUCUUGUGCUCCCGCCAGACUCCUUCAGCACCUGACCUGCAGCUCUGCUCCCGUCCGCCCCACCCCGGGGUCGCCAGCGUCAGCCCUCCUCUCUCUCUCUCUCUCUCUCUCUCUCUCUCUCUCAGGCACAUUCACAUUUGUCAUUCACAUUUGUUUGGCAUUUGGUAAUGAGGCCUUGUGCUUCUUGCUAUCAGAGUUUGGGAGAUGAGAAGCCCCCACUUUGGGGAUCCACUUUCCUGCAAUGAUUUCUGUGCUUAAGUAUGACUGGAAGAAGCGAACUGGGAUCCAGCCAGGCCCCCAGGCCCUCACCUCGCAGCUCCCGGCCGUGAAGACAGGCCCCGGGGUCCUGGUUCUGAAACACUGACAGUGGAGGGGCUGCAAAUCGGUGCCCCAUGCUGGGGGGGGGGGCGGGUAGCGUGCCGCGGCCUCUUUUCCCCAAGGUCAGGGUCAGUGUCGCGCACGGUGCCUGCGAUGAGCCUGCUCAGACGGUUGGCCAGAGGAAAGCAUCCAGCCGAAGAAGCGCUUGUGGAAGAGAUGGGGCGUGGGGCCCCCGGUUCACUCUGAUUCAUUCUCGCAGACCGUUUCCUGAGCUCCUGUCGCUUGUCGCCGUGUGUGCGUGCCACCUGUCACUGUUCUUUACUAAAGAUUAUGAACUCCAUUCCAAAACACAGAUUAGCGAGCUACGGUUGGUGGACCAGAGCCGGCCCACAGCCUAGUUUGUGAACAAAGUUUUGUCGGCACAGCGACAGGCCCGUUUGCGUGCGGGUAACGUGUGGCCGCUGCGCUCUGCAGUGGCAGAGCCAACAGGUUCACCGUCGGGUCCCUGGUAGAGAAAGGUCGCCAGCCCCCGUCUGGGUCGCCCAGCUCUGCUCUUCCUGCUCCUCACGGCCUCCAGGGGAAGGUGCCGACACCCCCUCACCCCAAGCUGCGCUCUCCUCAGUGUGGCACAGGGGAUGAAGUACACAGGAUCCACUUUGUGAGGUAACAGCAGACGUUCGAGAAGUCCUUGCCGCUUGCCUGACCUGUGCUGAGCUUGUGCGGAUUCACUCGUUUGAGUUUCCUGAAGCAAGUUGCUUGCUAAAAAAAAAAAAGUAUAUAAUUUAUAUGCAAGA